AUGAAUUUUUUAUUUAUCUUCACCUUUUUGUACACCAUUGCAACUUCGGCCUUGACAAACAUCGGCCCGUCUUUGCACCCAGUUCACCGUUUUAACAACCUUCCAAAUCAUAACCAUGGGGCUUUAAAUAAACGAGCUCAUCUUAGCCACCACUCUUAUUGCUCAGAAUCGGAGAUCUCCAAAAUACAAGCCGCGCUACAGGGUUGUGACCCACUUGCCAGAUACGGCUUCCAUGGCACUAAAGAUGAGGAUUGGUUAUUUCAAUCAAUUUUCAAAACCGACAGCACAGAUAUUAAGAGCCUUGUCAAAAACAAUUUUGACAAAUUAUACGACGAAUGUAGUAAAAAGACGGACACAGUAUCUAUUACCUGCCGAGAUGUAGAUGGAAAAUGCGAAAAAGCAAAAGGUUCUAUUUUGGGCCAUGCAAAAAUGCGUCACGAUCAAGUUGUUCUUUGCCCUUCGUUUUUCGAUCAAGAGUUAACCGGCCGCAUGGUUACUGCUAGCUACCAAGAUACUACCUUAUUACAUGAAAUAGCGCAUAUCGUUCUAGAUUUACCCGACGAUUAUGCUUACGGAUAUGAUGAUAUUGUAAAAUUGGAUACUGCGACAAUCAUUAAGAAUCCUGAUAGCUAUGCUAUUUUUGCGCAUUGUGCACGUUAUGGCAUUUGUGAUUUAACAAACCCCAGACGGUAG